GGCAUUAAUCUCUUUCGUAACGCAAUCUCUUGUGUUUAUGUGACCUUUGCUAAGUAGAGGCUAAUGUGUAGUUAUUUAAAUAACAAUUCUCUAACGUAAAAUAAUAAUGUAUAAGAAUUUCUUCGCAAGCAAAGAAGUUAACUCAGCUGUUUUAAUGUAAAGACUGUCAUCAAUACAAUUCCCGAGCACUAGGCUCCUGUACAUAUUAUAGAAAUCACACGUUUAGAGCUGUAAUCAUAUCAGAACUAUUUUCAUCCUCGCACAAAUAUUGACAUCAAAUAUAAAUAAUAUCAAAUAUAAAAAAUAUUUUAUUACAAUAAUAUCUAGUACUAUCCUUAGAAGAAAACCAGGGUAAAAAUUAUGAGUAAGAUAGACGUAGAUUGCACCCGCCGGUGCAAGUCCCGGCUUCAUGGACAGGCUCUAACGGGAGCCAUUACAAAGAGAUCUGUCAGUGAUGAGGCACUGGCUAGCUUCAUUAGAGCUACAUGUGCUAACUUCAUACAGGCUUUUGAUUUUGAGGGUCGCACAGCCCUACACAUGACAUGCUCCCGCGGCCGCGCACGUCUCAUGGAAUGGUUGGUCCGCCACUCCUCGGAAGCGUUCGUCAAUGCCAGGGACAGAGAGUCUGGUUACACCCCACUGCAUCGGAGCAUCUUUUAUGGACAAAUACACACUGCUGUUGCUUUGAUGAAGAUUGGUGUCAACACGGACAUAGUAGACAAGGACGACUUCAGAGCCCUAGAGCAUGCCAUGCUAGACCGCCAAUACAUGUACAAGCACGAAUGCACGCAGCCGAGCGACGUAUAUGUAUGGGGAAGCAAUUGCAACUAUACUCUGGGCACGGGGACGCAACAACCACGUGCGGUGCCAGAGUUACUGAGCUGUUUUAGCCGGUCUAAUGCCAUGGUCCGCCAGGUGUGUCUGGGCAAGUUCCACAGCCUGUGGGUCUGUGGCGGUGAAGUGUGGGCCUGCGGACAAGCUGGGCGCGCGGGGGCCGGGCGGGGAACACUGUUGCGCCCAGCGCCGCUGCGUCUACAAGAACCCAUACAACAAGUCGCCCUGCUGCUGGACUCUACUGUGUUUCUCACGCAGAGUGGGACGGUACUACAAUACACCUUAAACAGCACAGACACCUCCCCCAUCACCAACAGCUCAUCCCUAAGGCUGCCAUCCACGAAGCCCCUCCUCAAACUGUCCCAGCCGAUAGGGCUGUGCUCCGGCCGCAGCCACGCUGUGGUGUGGAACAAAAACGCUGUGUACACUUGGGGUGUGAACUGUGGCCAGUUGGGACAUUCGCAAGAUGAUAAGAUUGUUACUGCACCUAAACGGGUGGCAAUAUCCAUGAACAACAAAGAAGAGGCCAUCAUACAGUUAGUAGGCGCCGGCGACGCGGCCACCGUGAUCACGACCAGUCGCGGCGACGUCUAUCUGCUGCACAAACACAUCUGCAAGAAGAUCGCCAUCAAACAGAUAAACCUACGGCAAGUGUGCGUGGAGGCGAAAGUGAGCGAGAAUGGGACAUACUCGCGAGUAACAGUGCUGUUGCUGACUAACGUGGGACAACUCAUGCUUUGGCAGGACACCAACAACCAGCUCACCAGAUGCGUCUUCGGUCUAAACCACCAAACAAUAAUAACCCACGUAACACUAACCCACGACGCGUUCUACUUCACCACCAAAUACGGCGAAGCCUUCAUUGGCUACAUCUCUCGCAAGGCCACGCCCCCCGCGCCGCAGCCAAUCAGGAAGGAGAGGGAGCGAGGCAGCAACAAGAGCGCGCUGGUGAAGUUCCUUGAGAAGGACGACUGUACUUCGGCGCGAAUUGUGAGGAUACCGAAUGUGCACAGAGCCGUGGCCAUCGUAGUGGACAACGAGGGGCUGAACUUCGCUUGCUUACAGAUAAAACCAACGUGCGGACUCACAUCCCUACCUGAACUGUCGCCCAGCAGUUUUCCCAAACACAUGGAAACCCUCAUGGAGACAGCAGCUGAAGAUGACAUCUUGCAUGACGUUAUUUUGAAGGUCGGCACUAAACUCUACCCCGCCCACAUAUUCAUAAUAGCCUCCAGCAGCGAACACCUCUACAAACUAUACCAGGAUUCCAUAAAUAACGCAGACGACAAACCUACAAUCAACAUAGAAAUGCACCCAGAGGUAUUCGAGAGAAUACUCCGAUACAUGUAUACUGGGACUUGUGAUGUGGCAGAAUUAGGCCCUUGCGGCUUGAAGAUAAGGAAGGAGGAUCUGAAUAGCUUGAAAAAGGAAAAGGACGUGGAGAUAGAGUUAGAAGAACAGAAUUUCCCUGAUAACGCCUCAGAAAUCUCAGCGUUCAAAGUCUACAAGCACCAGGACAACAGAAACAAGAAGAAUCGCACCAAACGCAACGAGUGUAGCGUGGACACCCCACCGCGCAACUUGUACUGCGACCCUGUGCGCCUGGUGCAAGCCGCCGCCAAACGGCUGCAUGUCAUGGGGCUGCACAAAUUGCUUGAUAAGUUCUUCUACAAAGACGGCAAAAUCUGCCUUCGAGAGAGCGCUACAUUCACCAAAAACCCGCCAGUUUGUUGGGACAGAAACAGCCUGCAAGAAUUAGUCGACACGAGUGUUGUCACCAAAGAUGGCGCUCUUAUACCCGCGCAUAAAUGUGUACUAGCGGCGAGGCUCGAGUACUUCCACGGCAUGUUCAUGCACUCCUGGUCCGAGAGUAAACUAUCAUCAAAAGUGACCUUGCCAAUCAGUCACGGCAUCCUUCUACCAGUCAUAGACUUCCUGUACACAGACUCGUGUCCCGAAGUAGAAAACUCGGACAGCAUCGACUUUAUAUGCAGUCUGCUCAUAGUCGCCGACCAACUCUUCAUAACGCGCCUUAGAGAAAUGUGUGAAGUGGCCCUUUCCAACCUCAUCACCUUAAGAAACUGCGCAGAACUGUGCCAAUUCGCACACACUUAUAACGCUACUCAGCUAAAACAAUGUUGCAUGGAGUUCAUAUCGCUAAAUAUCAGCAGCAUACUUGAAAACAAAGCUCUUGAACUGUUAGAAGUAGAAUUAUUAGAAGACAUCUCUAAAUACUAUUGCAAAUUUAACCCUAUAAUGUCCUCUAGAGUUAUUACACCCUUUUAUAACGCACCCGACGAUGAAGUAAUAGAUGAAUUUGCUAAAAACUGCCCCGUUGAUUUAACAGUUACUAAUGAAGAUCUUAAAAAAGAUGACAGCAUAGUCGAAACUAAGAAGAAGAAAUCCAAAAAGAUUGAAUACACUGAGAGUGAAAAAACAAGGAUGCGAUAUGAAUCCGUCAGUUUGACGUCUUUAGACUUAUCUAACGAUAUUUCGGGUGACGUCACUUUAUCCUUAAGUAACAUAGCUAUAGAGACCGAGAAAGCGCUUAAAGGGAAGAAAGAUAAAUGGAUAGAAGUGCCAUCAUGCCAGAAAGUUGUCCAAGCGAGGCUUAAAGCCCUAAGCAGCGCUAAGGACAUUUUAAAUGAAACUCCAGUAAAGUCUUUCACCAAACUCGCUAGAAAUAGUUCAUCAAGUGCCAUUAACACUCCAGAGAUUCCUACGUCAUCGCGCAUGUCAGUAUCACCAAAAGAAUCCCCAAUAGCAGAAAUGGCGUGGGGAUCGCCAGGAAAUCUGGUCAUAAACCACAUAGGCCCUAAACUCUCGCAAAAGCAAAGGAAGAAGUUAGCCAUGGAAGGAAAUAACUACUCUCCUCAGAAUCUCUCCGAGUACUUGGAUGGUAAAGGAGUAGGUAGCCCUCCAGACAAGCCCAAGAAUCCCUGGAAGAUAGUGGAAGUGCCGGUGGCCAGUAGCAGCCCUAAGCAGAAGAAGGCUAUGGAGUUCAACCAGAUCCUGGCUGAUCAGAAGAAAAUGAAGGAUGACUCUUCAAGGAUCAUGACGAAACCGUUGUUUUUAACUCAGUUGGAAGACAAGGCAAUAGAAGAGCUGGAAAGGUUCUACAAUGUCCAUGAACUAGACGAUGAACUCAUCACCGUGCGGCGCAUCGAGUUGCAAGUUUCCUCACCGCAAUGGAUACAUACUGCCCCUAAGUGAAGCGCGCUAUUUUGUACUUUUUUAUUAUGUGACUACAAUAUUUUAAUUUAAUAAUAAUGGAUUGACUAUGA